CCCGUUUCUCCCCUCCCCCUCCCCCACUCACUCACUCAUCAUGCCAAAUCUCAUCUACACCCUCCCCCAAGUCGGCGGUCUCGGCGAUGAGCCGGCUGAGCCUCUCCGCGCACAGAUCGAGCGUGGUCUCCUUGGCACUCCCAAGCCAACCAUCCCCGGCAACACAGACGAAGACAAGAAAUGGGCCUACAAGCGUUCCGUGCCAACGCUCGUGCUCUACGACGAGCAGGGACUUCGGUGAGUAAUCUCGCCCACCAAACUCGGCUCGGCGAUCAAUGUUCCGCCACUCGGCACCCAUCGGUUCCCAAACUCCCGGCUGACUUAAGCCUUUACGACGGCAUCACCGCACACGCCAAGGAGUACUACCUGUUCGAGGACGAGUUGUCGCUGCUCAAGGAGCACGGUUCCGAGAUCGCUGCCGCGAUGGGCUUCCCCCGUCGCCGCCGCCGUGACUUCCCGCCGCCCAAGGAAUGGAAGCCGGCGCGUUGGGGUGACGCAGACGUCGGUCGCUGGAACAACGGCGUCAACGGUGAAGAGGGGCUUGCAGCUGGUGUCGAGCGCGGGUGGGACGUCGUCGAACUGGGCGCUGGCGCACUUCGGAAGACGGCUCAUCUUCUUACCGCACUGGCCGACACACUUCCUCCGACCGACGCGGCGCCGAUCACGUAUCACGCCUUGGACCUAAGCUUCCCGGAGCUCGACCGCGUCCUCGGUCAAAUGGAGGAGGGGUACGGCGCCGCUCUCGAGGGCCGCGUCGCCUGCGUCGGUCUGCACGGCGACUACAACGCUGGCAUCAAGGUCGUGCGCAGCGGCACGCUCGCCGACCUCACUCGUAGCAGCGAGGAAGCCACCCCGUCCACGCCGUCGGACGACGCGGCCAGUGCCCCCGGCUCCCCGCUCUCGGCCAAUCUUGUCACUCCCGCGAUGGAGGCGACCGAUCUACCCUCGAUUGCGGGUCACGACGACCUCUCCAUCGCGGACGAAGUCGAUCUCAAAGACACGCGUGCCCCCGCCGUGGAGACGCCGGCGCCCACAUCUGACCGCCCGCUCCACUUCAUGUUCCUCGGCUCAUCCUUGGGCAACUUUGCGCGUGAGGAGGCCGCGCCGUUCCUCAAGUCGCUCCCACUGCGGCAAGGCGAUACGCUUCUCCUCGGCCUUGAUGGGCGCCCGCCUAACGACCCCGAGGGCAAGAAGAAGGUAGAGAUCGCGUACAAUGACCCGAGCGGGUACACCAAAGCGUUCGAGGAGCACGGAUGGGACGUGGCGCGCAAGGAGCUCGGCCUCGAGCCGGACGACGGCAUCGAGUUUGUCGGGCGCUACAACGAGGCGCUGGGUAGGCACGAGGCGUAUUACCGCUCCAAACGGAAGCAGACGAUCCCUCUAUCCAACGAGAGCGUCGAGCUCGAGGAGGGCGAGCUGCUCCACAUCGAGUGGAGCUUCAAGUACUCGCUCGCCGAGGCGCUCACCAUGUUCGAGGAGGCCGACCUGCGCGUCGUCGACUCGUGGAAGGCGCCCAACUCGGAGUACAGGCUCUGGCUUCUGGAGCGCCCUGCCGUGCGCUUCGCCGCCUCCCCCGAUGAGAGCCGGGUCGCGCGCUCCCUCCCCACCCUGCGCGAGUGGGACGAGCUGUGGGCGCUCUGGGACCACAUCACGCUGGGCAUGAUCCCCAAGGAGAUGCUUCACCAGAAGCCCAUCGACUUGCGCCACAUCUGUCUAUUCUAUCUUGGUCACAUUCCGACCUUCCUCGACAUCUACAUGACGCGCAUGACGCGGGUCACGGACGGCAAGCCCACGCACCCCGAGUACUUCAAGGACAUCUUUGAGCGGGGCAUUGACCCCGACGUCGACGACCCCACGCAGGUGCAUGCGCACUCUGAGGUUCCGCAGCGCGAGGAGGACUGGCCCUCGCUCGACCAGAUCACGCGCUUCCGCGACGCCGUGCGCCAGCGUCUGCGCAAGAUCUACGCCGACACGCACGACGGGCGCCAGCUUUCGCGCUUCGAGGCCCGCUCCCUCUUCAUGGCGUACGAGCACGAGGCGAUGCACGCCGAGACGCUCCUCUACAUGCUGCUGCAGAGCCCGUUGACGCGAGCCCCAACCAAGACGCCCGAAUGGGAGACGCUAGCUGCACACUGGGCGGUCGAAGCCGAGGCCGCCGCGGCGCACGGCUGGGCCGGCAUCCUCGACGUGCCCGCCACGCGCGUUGUGCUGGGGCACAACGACAGCGAGGGCGACGACGCUGGCCACGCCGAGCACGAGUUUGGCUGGGACAUCGAGCACCCAGCGACGGCGGUGGAGGUCGCGCCCUUCCGCGCCUCCGCGCUGCCCGUCACGAACGGGGAGUACUUGGAGUGGGUGCGCGCGAUUGGCGCGAUGCCGGCGCUGGACGAGCGCUCCGCCCCCGCCUCGUGGGUGCGCGUUGACGGCGAGUGGGCCGUCAAGACCCUCUUCGGCGCCGUGCCGAUGCACAUCGCGGCCUCGUGGCCGCUCAUGGCGAGCCGCGACGAGCUAGCGGCAUACGCCGCGAGCCGCGGCGGGCGCUUGCCGACCGAAGCCGAGCUCCGUGCCCUCUGGGCACACCCGCACGGCCCCCGCCCCGCCGGGCUCACAGCCAACAUCGGCUUCCGGGCGUGGCACCCCACGCCGCCGCGCCCCGCGGUGCGCGACACCGCCGGCGGCGUCCUGCACGGCCACAACGGCGGCGUGUGGGAGUGGACGGACACGCCCCUCGCCGGCUUGCCAGGCUACGAGGCCAGCAAGCUGUAUCCGGGAUACAGCGCUGAUUUCUUCGACGGCAAGCACUACGUCGUCCUCGGCGGCAGCUUCGCGACCGUGCCCCAGAUCGCGCGCCGCGCCAGCUUCCGCAACUGGUACCAGGGCAACUACCGCUAUGCGUGGGUCGGCGGGCGCGUCGUGUACGACGCGUAGUGUUGUAUUAUCUGAAGUGUAGUCUGUAGAAAAAAUACAAAUGUACAUGUGCUCGAGCG